GUUUACUUCCUGUUUGGCUCAACUACUUCCUGUCUGCCAGCUGUCUUACGUCACCGGAAACUGUUCCCCCGGUUUCCUUUGAUCUAUCCGACUACAGUCGACGCUAGCCUCUCUGAGCUAGCUAGCCGCUAGCGUGCAGCAUCAGCAGUCGUCAAGGCAACCAUGAACAUCCUCCCGAAGAAGAGCUGGCACGUGCGGAACAAGGACAACGUCGCGCGCGUGAGGAAGGACGAGGCCCAAGCUGCUGAGGAGGAGCGCGAGGCCCAGAAGCGCGUGGAGCGGGCGGAGCAGGAGGCACGUACAGAAUAUCUAAGAAGAAAGUCCCGAGCUGCUCUUCAGGCCGAAGGACUACUGCCAGAUGAGGCUGUUGAGGAACCGAGUGGAGGAAGUGGAGUUCUGGAGCAUCUCAAUCUGUUUCCUCUGGAGGAUCCCUCAGACAAGAAAGGGAAUAAAGAUUACCUUAAAGAAAAGAAAGAUGAACAGGAGAAGCAGGAGCGUGCCAUCGGCUUGCUGGUGUCUCUCGGACCCCAGCCUGGGUCUGAGGUCACUCCAUGGUACCUGAAAACGGGUCAAGAAAAAGAAGAAAAAAAAGAAGAAAGAAAAGAAACAGAAAAGAAAAAGGCAGUAAGUGAGGAGGAGAAAGAGAAGAGGGAUCGUAGACUGAAGGAUAUGUUGGAUCCAUUGAAAAAUAUGAAAAAACUAAUGGCUGUAAAAGACAAAAAAGGACACAAGAGCAAGAAAAGGCUAAACCGAUACCUGGGGGUAAAGAAGAGCAGUGGAGAGAGCUCCAUGGAACAAUUACGUGCUGAGCGUUUACAGAGGGAGGUUGAAGAAAGGAGACGAGCCCAGGCCCUGAUCGAUCAGAGGAGCGGCAAAGGAAAGGACAAGGAGGCUGCGAGUGAGCUGAAUGAGAGGGAAAGGCCGUACAACGCCGCCUACUUCCCAGAACUGGCCCGAAAGAGACAAAGGCGGGAUCGAGACAGCUGGAGAGACGAGAUAUUAAAAUCAUGAACUGUCCUUCCCCAGUUAUUUGAGAGUUUGCUUCUAUUUGUAGAAACCCAGAGGAAAAGAAGGUAACAUGGGAACUAGGCAAAGAGCCACAUUAUAUACAUACCUGUAACCUGGUGAUACUGAGGAUGAUGAGGCACCAGAUCGUCCAUUUUUAUUUAUUUAAAUACUUGCAUCAAAGUCAGAAGUGAGGUUCAGCUGCAGCUACCUCUGCCCAUGCUGUGUUUUGUUACGUCAGCAGGGCAGAUGGUUGCCUUCACAGGGGGCUAGAAUCCAGACUGUCAACAAAGAAAGCGCUCUGUUAACAUGGUUCAUAUUAUAAUUAUUAUUCACUAUUGUCAUGGUCAGUAUGAAACGUGAAAAGUAAGGUGUGUGGUGUAAGGUGAACAACCACAGCGCACACUGAUCUCUCACACACUGAAGUCUCAAUCAUCACACUGUGAAGAGCAGAGCUGAGAUAGUCAUGUCGUGAGAAAAUUAAUCUGCAAAUCAAAUUUUCAGUUUUGGGGAUCAAAAUUAAUCGUCUCAUAUUUGUUGAUUUGCUGCUUUUCAUUGUCAUAUAUGAUAAAAGCUUAAUCUUGUUGAGUUUUGUAAUUUUGGUUGAAUAAAACAAACAAUCUCAGAGUGUUGUGACUUUUACAGUCAACAGUUAACCCUUACCCAAGAAUAGAGUAUUGUUAUCUGCAGAUAGAGGUGAAAUCAUUCAGUACACAUCCACUGUAAAAGAUCAUCAAGAGUCAUUUUGACCAUUUCUGAUGUUUACGUCUCUAUAAUCCUUGUGUAGCCUCCUUAUUUGGUUUGCUGUUAUUAAACUCUAUGGGACACUUUCAGAGAAAACGUAUCACAGCAACAAAAGCAGAUGUGUGAACAGCAGUAGCUCUCUGUCGUGACUUUUCAAAAUGUCUCGUAUCAUCACCUGGGUCUGAGGUCACUGCCUGGUACCUGGAAACUGUUAAAGAAAUGGAACAAGUGAAGACGCCAGAGAGAAGGAUAGAUGAAAAAGAAGUCACACAAAAUAUUGACAUUAACUUGCUUUUUUUUCCUCUGCUAGUAUUUUUUAUACAAAUAUAUUAUGUUAAACUAGGGCUGGGUGAUAUGGCCAAAAAUGUUAUAAUGAUUACAAAAAUUGUAGGCCGCUUUGGAUAAAAGCUAGCUAAAUGAUAUGCUAUGUGAUGUCACAAUAAACGUCACAUUAUUACUUA